AUGAACAUAACUACUACUGUUCCUAUGACUAUAACUCAAACAACAAGUAUAAAUACUCCUUCAAUUAUAAUUCAGACAUCAACUAAUCAUCGUAAUAAACCUUCAAUGGCUGAAUCAAAUAAUGAUGAUCUCUCACAAAAUUAUUUUUAUUUAAAAAUACGUUCAUUUUUUCAUUCAAUUACAUUGAUUGAUUUACUUUAUUUAUUUAUUUCUUUAACAUUUUUUCUCUUGGGUAUUUUUUAUUCAAUAUUAGCAAUACAAGGUGAAAAAAUGAAUUUAUCAACAAUAGCU